AUCGACAAGGAGAGUUGUGGGGACCCUGGUACGCCCCUCUAUGGGAUAAGGGAAGGUGACAGCUUCCUGAAUGGGGGCAUCCUGCGCUUCGAGUGUCAAUUUGGGUUCGAGCUCAUCGGGGAGAGGACCAUAUCAUGCCAGAACAACAACCAGUGGUCGGCCAACAUUCCCAUGUGCAUCUGUGAGUAUGAACAUCUAAAUCACAUCUAAUGUCUGGGCUUGUUUGUCUUCUUUUUUCAUCAAAAUGAGUCUGAAUCCCAAAUGGCACUACUUUUUACCAGAGCUCUAUAUAUGCCCUAUACUACGCUGAAAAAAAAACCGCAACAUGCCACAAUUUCAAAGGUUUUAGUGAGUUACAGUUCAUAGAAGGAAAUCAGUCAAUUGAAAUAAAUAAAUUAGGCCCUAAUCUAUAGAUUUCACAUGACUUGGAAUAUAGAUAUGCAUCUGUUGGUCACACAUACCUUAAACAAAAAGGUAGAGGUGUGGAUCAGAAAACCAGUCAGUAUCUGGUGUGACCACCAUUUGCUGCAUGCAGUGCGACACAUCUCCUUCGCAUAGAGUUGAUCAGGCUGUUGAUUGUGGAAUGUGGAAUGUUGUCCCACUCCUCUUCAAUGGCUGUGCGAUGUUGCUGGAUAUUGGCGGGAGCUGGAACACGCUGUCGUACACGUCAAUCCAGAGCAUCCCAAACAUGCUCAGUGAGUGACAUGUCUGGUGAGUAUGCAGGCCAUGGAAGAACUGGUACAUUUUCAGCUUCCAGGAAUUGUAUACAGAUUCUUGCAACAUUAUCAUGCUCAAACAUGAGGUGAUGGCGGGUGGAUGAAUGGCACGACAAUGGUAUUCAGGAUCCCAUCACGGUAUCUCUGUGCAUUCAAAUUGUCAUUGAUGAAAUGCAAUUGUGUUCGUUGUCCAUAGCUUAUGCCUGCCCAUACGAUAACCCCACCACCACCAUGGGGCACUCUGCUCACAACGUUGACAUCAGUUAACCGCUCGCCCACACGACGCUACACACACUGUCUGCCAUCUUGCCCGGCACAGUUGAAACCGGGAUUGAUCCGUGAUGAGCACACUUCUCCAGCGUGCCAGUGGCCAUCGAAGGUGAGCCCUCUGAAGUCGGUUACUACGCCGAACUGCAGUCAGGUCACGACCCUGGUGAGGAUGACGAGCACGCAGAUGAGCUUCCCUGAGACAGUUUCUGACAGUUUGUGCAGAAAUUCUUUGGUUGUGCAAAACCACAGUUUUAUCAGCUGUCCGGGUGGCUGGUCUCAGACUAUCCCGCAGGUGAAGAAGCUGGAUGUGGAGGUCCUGGGCUGGCGUGGUUACACGUGGUCUGCAGUUGUGAAGCCGGUUGGACGUACUGCCAAAUUCUCUAAAGUGACAUUGGAGGCGGCUUAUGGUAGAGAAAUUAACAUUAAAUUCUCUGGCAACAGCGCAGGGGGACAUUCCUGCAGGCAGCAUGUCAAUUGCGCGCUCCCUCAAAACUUCACAGACAUCAUGCUGUUUAAUCAGCUUCUUGAUUUGCCACACCUGUCGGGUGGAUGGAUUAUCUUGGCAAAGGAGAAAUGCUCACUAACAGGGAUGUAAGCAAAUUUGUACAGAAAAUUUGACAGAAAUAAGUUUUUUAUGCAUAUGGAAAAUGUCUGGGAUAUUUUAUUUCAGCUCAUGAAACAUGGGACCAAUACAUUACAUGUUGCGUUUAUAUUUUUGUUCAGUAUACAUUACAUGACCAAAAGUAUGUGGACUACCUGCCUCCAUUCUAAUGUGCACUUACAGUAGCGUGCGUACCAGUUUCAGCAUUUUGAUGCAGUUCGCCAUAACUGUCAAGAAUUUGAAACGAUGGGAGCAGAUUUUACAUCAGAAAGGCAUAAUGACAUACACUACAUGACCAGAAGUAUGUGGACACCUGCUCGUCGAACAUCUCAUUCCAAAAUCAUGGGUAUUAAUAUGGAGUAGGUCCCCCCCUUUGCUGCUAUAACAGCCUCCACUCUUCUAGGGAGGCUUUCCACCAGAUGUUAGAACAUUGCUGCAGGGACUUACUUCCAUUCAGCUACAAGAGCAUUAGUGAGGUCGGGCACUGAUGUUGGGAGAUUAGGCCGGUGUUCCAAUUAAUCUCAAAGGUGUUCGAUGGGGUUGAGGUCAGGGCCCUGUGCAGGCCGGUCAAGUUCUUCCACAUCAAUCUCGACAACCCAUUUCUUUAUGGACCUUGCUUUGUGCUUGGGGGCAUUGUCAUGAUGAAACAGGAAAGGGCCUUCCCCAAACUAUUGCCACAAAGUUGGAAGCACAGAUUUGUCUAGAAUGGCACUGUAUGCUGUAGCGUUAAUGAAAAACAGCGACCAUUAUUCCUCCUCCACCAAACUUUACAGUUGCCACUAUAUAUUCGACAGGUAGCGUUCUCCUGGCAUUCGUUAAACCCAGAUUCAUCUGUCGGACAGCCAGAUGGUGAAGUAUGAUUCAUCACUCCAGAGAAAGUGUUUCCACUGCUCCAGAGUCCAAUGGCAGCAAGCUUUAAACCACUCCAGCUGACGCUUGGCAUUGCACAUGGUGAUCUUAGGCUUGUGUGCGGCUGCUCGGCCAUGGAAACCCCUUUAAUGAAGCUCCCGAGGAACAGUUAUUGUGCAAUUGUUGCUCCCAGAGGCUGUUUGGAACUCGGUAGUGAGUGUUGAAACCGAGGACAGACAAUUUUUACCCGUUAUGCACUUUGAUGAACUGACUUGUUGGAAAGGUGGCGUCCUAUGACGGUGCCAUGUUGAAAGUCACUGAGCUCUUCAGUGAGGCCAUUCUACUGCCAAUGUUUGUCUAUGGAAAUUGCAUGGCUGUGUGCUCGAUUUUUUUACAACUGUCAGCAACGGGUGUGGCUGAAAUAGCCGAAUCCACUAAUUUGAAGGGGUGUCCACAUACUUUUGACCAGGGGUAUUUUAUAUGACCAUAUAUGUAUGUAUAUAUAUAGUGUUUGUUAGAAACACAGCACAUAGAAGAAAACUUGGAAUUGUACUUUAUACUUAUCAAAUCAAAUUGUAUUCGUCAUUUACACCGUUUGCAGCAAGUGCAGCGAAAUGCUUACGUGCUAUCUCCCUCAACAUUGCAUUACAAUAAUCAACAUCAAUGAUAAGAAUAAAAAAUACAAGUCAUAGAAGAAGUAAUAUGCAUAAUAAUAGCUUUCUUUGAGCUUUCCAGAAAAUCUCUGGCGCAACUUCAAAAGGAGGCAACCCUUUGUAUACACUACAUGUUGAGCCUGAUUGUAGAUCAGUAAGUCUCAGAGCAGCUAAUUUAACUUAUAAACUGAAUAGAUACUCAAAUAAUAGAGACAUCUCAUUUACAGUGCCUUGCAAAAGUAUUCAUCCCCCUUGGCAUUUUUUCCUAUUUUGUUGCAUUACAACCUGUAAUUUAAAUGGGUUUUUAUGUGGAUUUCAUGUCAUGGACAUACACAAAAUAGUCCAAAUUGGUGAAGUGAAAUGAAAAUAAUUACUUGUUUCAAAAUAUUCUAAAAAAUAAAUAACGGAAAAGUGGUGAGUGCAUAUGUACUCAUCCCCUUUGCUAUGAAGCCCCUAAAUAAGAUCUGGUGCAACCAAUUACCUUCAGAAGUCACAUAAUUAGUUAAAUUAAGUCCACCUGUGUGCAAUCUAAGUGUCACAUGAUCUCAGUAUAUAUACACCUGUUCUGAAAGGUCCCAGCGUCUGCAACACCACAAAGCAAGGGGCAUCACCAAGCAAGCGGCACCACGAAGACCAAGGAGCUCUCCAAAAAGGUCAGGGACAAAGUUGUGGAGAAGUACAGAUCAGGGUUGGGUUAUAAAAAAUAUCUGAAAUUUUUAACAUCCCACGGAGCACCAUUAAAUCCAUUAUUAAAAAAUGGAAAGAAUAUGGCACCACAACAAACCUGCCAAGAGAGGGCUGCCCAACAACACCCACAGAACAGGCAAGGAGGACAUUAAUCAGAGAGGCAACAAAGAGACCAAAGAUAACCCUGAAGGAGCUGCAAAGCUCCACAGCGGAGAUUGGAGUAUCUGUCCAUAGGACCACUUUAAGCCGUACACUCCACAGAGCUGAGCUUUACGUAAGAGUGGCCAGAAAAAAGCCAUUGCUUUAAGAAAAAAAUAAGCAAACACGUUUGGUGUUCGCCAAAAGGCAAGUGGGAGACUCCCCAAACAUAUGGAAGAAGGUACUCUGGUCUGAUGAGACUAAAAUUGAGCUUUUUGGCCAAGGAAAAUGCUAUGUCUGGCGCAAACCCAACACCUCUCAUCACCCCGAGAACACCAUCCCCACAGUGAGGCAUUGUGGUGGCAGCAUCCUGCUGUGGGGAUGUUUUUCAUCGGCAGGGACUGGGAAACUGGUCAGAAUUGAAGGAAUGAUGGAUGGCGCUAAAUACAGGGACAUUUUUGAGGGAAAACUGUUUCAGUCUUCCAGAGAUUUGAGACUGGGACAGAAGUUCACCUUCCAGCAGGACAAUGACCCUAAGCAUACUGCUAAAGCAACACUCGAGUGGUUUAAGUGGAAACAUUUAAAUGUCUUGGAAUGGCCUAGUCAAAGCCCAGACCUCAAUCCAAUUGAGAAUCUGUGGUAUGACUUAAAGAUUGCUGUACACCAGCGGAACCCAUCCAACUUGAAGGAGCUGGAGCAGUUUUGCCUUGAAGAAUGGGCAAAAAUCCCAGUGGCUAGAUGUGCCAAGCUUAUAGAGACAUAUCCCAAGAGACUUGCAGAUGUAAUUGCUGCAAAAGGUGGCUCUACAAAGUAUUGACUGGGGGGGUGAAUAGUUAUGCACUCUCAAGUUUUCAGUUUUUUGGCUUAUUUCUUGUUUGUUUCACCCCAAAAAUAUUUUGCAUCUUCAAAGUGGUAGGCAUGUUGUGUAAAUCAAAUGAUACAAACCCCCCCAAAAAUCCAUUUAAAUUCCAGGUUGUAAGGCAACAAAAUAGGAAAAAUGUCAAAGGGGUGAAUACUUUCGCAAGCCACUGUACUUAUUGACUCAAGACAUUUCAGCUAUUCAGUUUUAAUUAAUUUGUAAACAUCUCUAAAAACAUAAUUCCACUUUGACAUUAUGGGGUGACACAACAUAUCAAUUUAAUCAAUGUUAAAUUCAGGCUGUAACACAACAAAAUGUGAAAAAAAGUCAAGGGGUGUGAAUAAUUUCUGAAGGCACUGUAUGUACACAAUAAAAUAUACAGUAUGAUAAUUAAUGUGCUAUGUCAAGUAUGAUUGUAUUUACAAAUAUAAAGUGGGUAGUGUUUUGGUAGUGCGUAGAGUCUUGUUAGAGGGUAGUGUCUUGGUAGAGGGUAGAGUCUUGGUAGAGGGUAGAGUCUUGGUAGAGGGUAGAGUCUUGGUAGAGGGUAGAGUCUUGGUAGAGGGUAGAGUCUUAGUAGAGGGUAGAGUCUUGGUAGAGGGUAGAGUCUUGGUAGAGGGUAGAGUCUUGUUAGAGGAUAGAGUCUUGUUAGAGGAUAGAGUCUUGUUAGAGGAUAGAGUCUUGGUAGAGGAUAGAGUCUUGGUAGAGGAUAGAGUCUUGGUAGAGGGUAGUGUCUUGGUAGUGGGUAGAGUCUUAGUAGAGGGUAGAGUCUUGUUAGAGGAUAGAGUCUUGGUAGAGGGUAGUGUCUUGGUAGAGGGUAGAGUCUUAGUAGAGGGUAGAGUCUUGUUAGAGGAUAGAGUCUUGGUAGAGGGUAGAGUCUUGUCUGCCAUAUCAAUCUACAGUUAUGUCAGUGUCUUAUCACUGCAUUGCUGUAAUCAAAACUAAUGAAAACAGACCUCUGUAGAAUAUAAUGUUGAUACCAUGUACCAUAUUAACAGAUGUUUCAUCAAUUUCUGCUACAUACAGUUACGGGCAUUAAAAAGUGAGGUCACGUCGUCUGUUCUCUUUGCCCAUAUCCCUCUCCUCCACAGUCCCAUGCCUGUCCAACUUCACAGCGCCAAUGGGCACGGUCCUAUCACCCGACUACCCAGAAGGCUACAGCAACAACAUGAACUGCGUGUGGCUGAUCCUAUCGGAACCCGGCAGCCGCAUCCACCUGGCCUUCAACGACUUUGACCUGGAGGCGCCUUACGACUUCCUCACCGUGAAGGACGGCGAGCUGCUGGACGCCACCGUCCUGGGGCGCUUCACGGGGGCCGAGUCGCCCUCCCACCUCGACAGUAACACCAACCUACUGAGGCUGGAGUUCCAGGCCGACCACUCCAUGGCCGGACGAGGAUUCAACAUCACCUACAGCAGUAGGUUUCACCCUUGACAUAGUGUUCUGUGCUGUUCUUCAUUUGAUUUGUCAUCGUUAGUUGAUUAGGACUCAGUUCAGUUGAACCCCAUGUUUGCGGUAUUUCCAUGGUUACUCUGCCAUAAUCCAGGUGCAAUUGAGUUUGGCCCUUGGUAAUGUUAGCUGUAACCAAAAUAUAUUGUUUUGUGGCAUCUUGUGGUGACUUUACAGUAAUGACCAUAGUCCUGUAUAUCUUGUCCUGAUUGGAUCCUUUGAUAUUUGCCCAACCCUGACCUAUCUCAUGUCUGUGUCAAUUAUUUUUUGUCAUCACAAAAGGGCUUAGUCAAUUUCCACCCAAUCGGCUUUGCCCUCACGGUUAUGGUUAUCCUUUUCAAAAUGGCCUCGUAACGGUUGCUUUCUGAAGGAGACACAAAAUGUCACGCCAAUCCAUCACUUCUGUCAAAAGAAUGUGGGAGAAAAACGAGGCCAUGUAUCCUUUGUGCAUAUAAGGCCCCAAGUCAUUAGGAACAAUUGUAGGGGCUGGCCUUUCUGCCUGACAACCAGACUCGAUGUUAUUUUAUUAAGGAACUGUCAGUGACAUGAUUGAGCAGUGUUCCACUGAUGUUAUGUUCGACUGGCGGGCUUUCUGUCACAAGACAUCCAUCAGUCAGUCAGUCUGACUUGGCCUGCGAGGCUAUUGUAAGAAGAGUUAAAGGCCGUUUUAGUUGGAAGACAUCUUCCUCCAGGGAUUAAAUCCCCUCUACACUUCAUAAAGUUCUGACAAAAUAGCUUUGAGGUCACUAGCACUACAAGUACAAUAAUAAGCACCCUUUUUAGAAUGGGAAAGUGGUUGUUUUCAUGCCGUGAAGUGCUUUGACUAUCGUCUCGCGUCGGAUAAUGCUUAACAAUAGAGCCCUUUCAACGUCCCCUUUGUAACAAGGUCUAUGCUCCAUCUAUGCUGUCGUCACUAGAAGUGAAGUGGUGGCUUCUGUGAGUCUUUCCAAUCCUACUCUAAAUUAGAGCAACCAACUCAGACCAUAGCUAGCCUCGCCCCAACCGCUCAGGCAUCUCAAAUACAAAAAUGUGGAUCGUACCAUGAUAAACUCACCCCACAUCUUGAAGUGUCACCAAUUUGAGCCAUUGAAUCAGAUCAUUUUCAGUGACACAACUGGUUUGUAAGUUUAUAAGCUAGCAAUAACGUGGGUGUGCGAUCAAAGCAUCGCUGGUUGGAGUAAUGCGACAGGGACAGAUGAGGAAACAAAUCAAUUAGCAGCACAGUGACGCCGGUUACAUCUGGCAAAGCGAGAUCAAAACGUUUUGCCCAUGUGUUUUCAGCGUUCGGCCACAACGAGUGUCCCGACCCAGGCAUCCCGAUAAAUGCGAGGCGCUUCGGCGACAACUUCCAGCUGGGCAGCUCCAUCUCAGUGAUCUGUGAGGACGGCUUCAUUAAGACCCAGGGGACCCAGACCAUCAGCUGCGAGCUGGACAAUGGCAAGGUGAUGUGGAGCGGACCCAUCCCUAAAUGUGAAGGUAAUUAUCCUGGUCUCCCUGAGGAGAGGACAGACUGUGUGUGUGUGUGUGUGUGUGUGUGGUUGUGUGUAAGUGUGUGUGCAUGCGUGUGUGUGUAUGUGUAUGUGAUUGUGUGUGCGUGUGUGUGCCUGUGUGUGCAUGUGCACGUCCGUACAUGCAUGUAUUUUAGGGCAGUUACCCUGUUCCUGACACAUACAAAAGCCUAAGUGAGUGUAAGCGGAGUGGACACUCACCUGUAUGUGGAAGAUGCUAUGGGACACUCACCUGUAUAUGGAAGAUGCUAGGGGACACUCACCUGUAUGUGGAAGAUGCUAGUGGACACUCACCUGUAUGUGGAAGAUGCUAGUGGACACUCACCUGUAUGUGGAAGAUGCUAGUGGACACUCACCUGUAUGUGGAAGAUGCUAGUGGACACUCACCUGUAUGUGGAGGAUGCUAGUGGACACUCACCUGUGUGUGGAGGAUGAUAGUGGACACUCACCUGUAUGUGGAGGAUGCUAGGGGACACUCACCUGUAUGUGGAGGAUGCUAGGGGACACUCACCUGUAUGUGGAGGAUGCUAGGGGACACUCACCUGUAUGUGGAGGAUGCUAGGGGACACUCACCUGUAUGUGGAAUAUGCUAGGGGACACUCACCUGUAUGUGGAGGAUGCUAGGGGACACUCACCUGUAUGUGGAGGAUGCUAGGGGACACUCACCUGUAUGUGGAAUAUGCUAGGGGACACUCACCUGUAUGUGGAGGAUGCUAGGGGACACUCACCUGUAUGUGGAAGAUGCUAGGGGACACUCACCUGUAUGUGGAGGAUGCUAGAGAACACUCACCUGUAUGUGGAAGAUGCUAGGGGACACUCACCUGUAUGUGGAAGAUGCUAGGGGACACUCACCUGUAUGUGGAGGAUGCUAGGGGACACUCACCUGUAUUUGGAAGAUACUAGUGGACACUCACCUGUAUGUGGAAGAUGCUAGUGGACACUCACCUGUAUGUGGAAGAUGCUAGUGGACACUCACCUGUAUGUGGAAGAUGCUAGUGGACACUCACCUGUAUGUGGAAGAUGCUAGGGGACACUCACCUGUGUGUGGAGGAUGCUAGGGGACACUCACCUGUAUGUGGAGGAUGCUAGUGGACACUCACCUGUAUGUGGAAAAUGCUAGGGGACACUCACCUGUAUGUGGAGGAUGCUAGGGAACACUCACCUGUAUGUGGAAGAUGCUAGGGGACACUCACCUGUAUGUGGAAGAUGCUAGGGGACACUCACCUGUAUGUGGAGGAUGCUAGGGGACACUCACCUGUAUGUGGAAGAUGCUAGGGGACACUCACCUGUAUGUGGAAGAUGCUAAGGGACACUCACCUGUAUGUGGAGGAUGCUAGGGGACACUCACCUGUAUGUGGAAGAUGCUAGUGGACACUCACCUGUAUGUGGAAGAUGCUAGUGGACACUCACCUGUAUGUGGAAGAUGCUAGGGGACACUCACCUGUAUGUGGAGGAUGCUAGGGGACACUCACCUGUAUGUGGAGGAUGCUAGGGGACACUCACCUGUAUGUGGAAGAUGCUAGGGGACACUCACCUGUAUGUGGAAGAUGCUAAGGGACACUCACCUGUAUGUGGAAGAUGCUAGGGGACACUCACCUGUAUGUGGAGGAUGAUAGUGGACACUCACCUGUAUGUGGAAGAUGCUAGGGGACACUCACCUGUAUGUGGAGGAUGCUAGUGGACACUCACCUGUAUGUGGAGGAUGCUAGGGGACACUCACCUGUAUGUGGAGGAUGCUAGUGGACACUCACCUGUAUGUGGAGGAUGCUAGGGGACACUCACCUGUAUGUGGAGGAUGCUAGUGGACACUCACCUGUAUGUGGAUGCUAGUGGACACUCACCUGUAUGUGGAGGAUGCUAGUGGACACUCACCUGUAUGUGGAGGAUGCUAGGGGACACUCACCUGUAUGUGGAGGAUGCUAGGGAAGGCUGAGGGACGCUUGGGGACCGGGGACAGGAAACAAGGGUAAUGUAGGCCAACCAGUCACCUUUAAUCGGACUUCCUGUCAGUCAUUCACCCUGCACCUUAUGGCCCUGAUGCUGUUGUGACAUCACUCAUAUGGGCAGGAAUAAAGAGCCUCAUGUUAGCCUAGCUACCCUUGUAACAUCUACAGUACACUGUAUGAUACUGUUUGCCAGAUUAGAUCAUUAAGCAGGGCAUUUUGAGGUAUUUAAAACUCUCUCUCUCUCUCUCUAAACUCUUAAAAAUCUCUCUCCCCCCUCCCCUCCAUAGCCCCCUGCGGAGGCCACUUCUCCGCUCCCAGUGGGGUGAUCCUGUCCCCAGGGUGGCCUGGAUACUAUAAGGGCUCCCUCAGCUGUGAGUGGGUCAUCGAGACCGAGCCCGGACGCUCCAUCAAGAUCACCUUUGACAAGUACUUGUCCAUUAUACCAAUAAAGUUGUUCAAUGUAUUCUAUUAUAUUCUAUUAGCAUUCCCAAACUGUUGAAUACGGAGAAUGGAUUUCUGCAUCAAUGAAUGCACCCGGAAUGGAAUCGUAUUGCUUAUUUAUAUUAUAUUUAUAAAGUCUCCUUUGAAAGUGCUCUUUAGCGUAGUAGUAGGCUUAAUCAAAGUUUAUGCAACUGCCCCAACUGUACCACUGAAUAUGUUUUAUCACAAGUCAAUCAAAUGAAUAUAUUUCAUAAUUCAUAAUUCCUCCUCUGUCAUUGGUCCAGGUUUCAGACAGAGCUGGGCUAUGACUUUCUGGAGAUCCACGAUGGGCCCAACCUGCUCUCUCCUCUGGUCGGCUCGUUCAACGGUACCCAGGUGCCCCAGUUCCUGUUCAGCAGUACUAACCACCUGUACAUGCUCUUCACCACCGACAACAGCCGCUCCAACAGUGGAUUUAAAAUAAUCUAUGAGAGUAAGUCUAGUUUAGUGACCCGGGUGUUCCUGGUCACAUCAUCUACCAUAGUACUAGUCUAGUUUAGUGACCCGGGUGUUCCUGGUCACAUCAUCUACCAUAGUACUAGUCUAGUUUAGUGACCCGGGUGUUCCUGGUCACAUCAUCUACCAUAGUACUAGUCUAGUUUAGUGACCCCGGUGUUCCUGGUCACAUCAUCUACCAUAGUACUAGUCUAGUUUAGUGACCCGGGUGUUCCUGGUCACAUCAUCUACCAUAGUACUGGUCUAGUUUAGUGACCCGGGUGUUCCUGGUCACAUCAUCUACCAUAGUACUGGUCUAGUUUAGUGACCCGGGUGUUCCUGGUCACAUCAUCUACCAUAGUACUGGUCUAGUUUAGUGACCCGGGUGUUCCUGGUCACAUCAUCUACCAUAGUACUGGUCUAGUUUAGUGACCCGGGUGUUCCUGGUCACAUCAUCUACCAUAGUACUAGUCUAGUUUAGUGACCCGGGUGUUCCUGGUCACAUCAUCUACCAUAGUACUAGUCUAGUUUAGUGACCCGGGUGUUCCUGGUCACAUCAUCUACCAUAGUACUAGUCUAGUUUAGUGACCCGGGUAUUCCUGGUCACAUCAUCUACCAUAGUACUAGUCUAGUUUAGUGACCCGGGUGUUCCUGGUCACAUCAUCUACCAUAGUACUAGUCUAGUUUAGUGACCCGGGUGUUCCUGGUCACAUCAUCUACCAUAGUACUAGUCUAGUUUAGUGACCCCGGUGUUCCUGGUCACAUCAUCUACUAUAGUACUAGUCUAGUUUAGUGACCCGGGUGUUCCUGGUCAGAUCAUCUACCAUAGUACUGGUCUAGUUUAGUGACCCGGGUGUUCCUGGUCAGAUCAUCUACCAUAGUACUGGUCUAGUUUAAUGACCCGGGUGUUCCUGGUCACAUCAUCUACCAUAGUACUGGUCUAGUUUAGUGACCCGGGUGUUCCUGGUCACAUCAUCUACCAUAAUACUGGUCUAGUUUAGUGACCUGGGUGUUCCUGGUCACAUCAUCUACCAUAGUACUGGUCUAGUUUAGUGACCCGGGUGUUCCUGGUCACAUCAUCUACCAUAGUACUAGUCUAGUUUAGUGAUCCGGGUGUUCCUGGUCACAUCAUCUACCAUAGUACUAGUCUAGUUUAGUGACCCGGGUGUUCCUGGUCACAUCAUCUACCAUAGUACUAGUCUAGUUUAGUGACCCGGGUGUUCCUGGUCACAUCAUCUACCAUAGUACUAGUCUAGUUUAGUGACCCGGGUGUUCCUGGUCACAUCAUCUACCAUAGUACUAGUCUAGUUUAGUGACCCGGGUGUUCCUGGUCACAUCAUCUACCAUAGUACUAGUCUAGUUUAGUGACCCGGGUGUUCCUGGUCACAUCAUCUACCAUAGUACUAGUCUAGUUUAGUGACCUGGGUGUUCCUGGUCACAUCAUCUACAAUAGUACUAGUCUAGUUUAGUGACCCGGGUGUUCCUGGUCACAUCAUGUGGUCAGGACAAACUCCUAGCCCUAACCAUAGUUUUAACUCUAACUCUGAUUUCAAACUGUUACAGCUUCAUAAUCCCUGUAAUAGACGUUUGAUGUUGUUGACCCCAUAACAUUUUCUCUUCAGGCGUGACCGUGGACACCUACUCCUGCCAGGACCCGGGCUUCCCGCUCAACGGGUUGCGUUACGGUCAAGACUUCACCAUCGGUUCGACUGUGUCGUUCGGCUGUGACCCUGGAUACAGGCUGAGCCACGAGGAACCUCUGGUCUGUGAGAAAAACCACUGGUGGAGCCACCCUCUGCCCACCUGUGAUGGUAUGGACCAGUUCAAACCAUUUUAAAUCUGUCCAAAACGAGUUUAGAUAUGCGCAUCCAGUGACUUUCAGGUGCAGGGUACAUAAGGCUAAGUCAUGAACUGCGGAAGCAUUCAACAGUGUGCAGGUAUCUGUUUAUUUUUCAUGGUAUGGACUGUAGCCAUGGUGACCAAGGUUGUGGCAGAAUACUACUAGCCUGUUUACCAGAUGUGUUUGUGCUUUACUCACAUGUCAUGGUCAUUCUAGUGCUGAACACAUCAGAAGUGGUCUAAAACACAUGUAGUUUGUAUAGUACAUACCACCAGGCUAGUGCUGUAGUCUAGAUCAGGCCUCUCCAUAGUACAUAUCUGACCACCAGGUUAGUGCUCUAGUCUAGGUCAGGCCUCUCCAUAGUACAUAUCUGAUCACCAGGUUAGUGCUCUAGUCUAGAUCAGGCCUUUCCAUAGUACAUAUCUGACCACCAGGCUAGUGCUGUAGUCUAGGUCAGGCCUCUCCAUAGUACAGAUCUGACCACCAGGCUAGUGCUGUAGUCUAGAUCAGGCCUCUCCAUAGUACAGAUCUGACCACCAUUACAUUUACAUUUUACAUUUUAGUCAUUUAGCAGACGCUCUUAUCCAGAGCGACUUACAGGAGCAAUUAGGGUUAAGUGCCUUGCUCAAGGGCACAUUAACGUCAUUUAGCAGACGCUCUUAGCCAGAGCGACUCACAAAUUGGUGUGUUUACCCUAUAGCCAGUGGGAUAACCACUUUACAAUUUUGGGGGGGGGGGGGGGGGGGGGGGGGGGUUAGAAGGAUUACUUUAUCCUAUCCCAGGUAUUCCUUAAAGAGGUGGGGUUUCAAAUGUCUCCGGAAGGUGGUGAGUGACUCCGCUGUCCUGGCGUCGUGAGGGAGCUUGUUCCACCAUUGGGGUGCCAGAGCAGCGAACAGUUUUGCCUGGGCUGAGCGGGAACUAUGCUUCCGCAGAGGAAGGGGAGCCAGCAGGCCAGAGGUGGAUGAACGCAAUGCCCUCGUUUGGGUGUAGGGACUGAUCAGAGCCUGAAGGUACAGAGGUGCCGUUCCCCUCACUGCUCCAUAGGCAAGCACCAUGGUCUUGUAGCGGAUGCGAGCUUCAACUGGAAGCCAGUGGAGUGUGCGGAGGAGGGGGGUGACGUGAGAGAACUUGGGAAGGUUGAACACCAGACGGGCUGCGGCAUUCUGGAUGAGUUGUAGGGGUUUAAUGGCACAGGCAGGGAGGCCAGCCAACAGCGAGUUGCAAUAGUCCAGACGGGAGAUGACAAGUGCCUGGAUUAGGACCUGUGCCGCUUCCUGUGUAAGGCAGGGUCGUACUCUCCGAAUGUUGUAGAGCAUGAACCUGCAGGAUCGGGUCACCGCCUUGAUGUUGGCGGAGAACGACAGGGUGUUGUCCAGGGUCACGCCUAGGCUCUUCGCACUCUGGGAGGAGGACACAGCGGAGUUGUCAACCGUGAUGGCGAGAUCAUGGAACGGGCAGUCCUUCCCCGGGAGGAAGAGCAGCUCCGUCUUGCCAGGGUUCAGCUGUAGGCUAGUGCUGUAGUCUAGAUCAGGCCUCUCCAUAGUACAGAAUUGACCACCAGGCUAGUGCUGUAGUCUAGAUCAGGCCUCUCCAUAGUACAGAUCUGACCACCAGGCUAGUGCCAUGUUCCUGGAGAGCUACCCUCCUGUAGGUUUUCACUCCAACCUGGUUCCUGGAGAGCUACCGUCCUGUAGGUUAUCUAGCACACCUGUUUCUAAUAAUUAGCUGGUUGAUAAACUGAAUCAGUUUAGUUCCAACUGUGGUCAGAGCGAAAACCUACAGGAGGGUAUCUCUCUAGGAACAGGGUUGGAGUUUAAACCUACAGGACGGUAUCUCUCCAGGAACAGGGUUGGAUUUUAAACCUACAGGACGGUAUCUCUCCAGGAACAGGGUUGGAGUUUAAACCUACAGGACGGUAUCUCUCCAGGAACAGGGUUUGAGUUUAGGAACAGGGUUGGAGUUAAAACAUACAGGACUGUAGCUCUCCAGGAACAGGGUUGGAGUUUAGGAACAGGGUUGGAGAGCCUUGAUCUAGAUCUACAGUAGGUGCAAAAUCUUUAGUUAUCAAAAAAUGAGUUAUCAAAUCUUGAGCUAUCACUUUCAACAGGCCUUGAUUAGUUUAAAUAUUUUCUCAUAUGAUAUAAUGCCAAAGAUAGUGCCAAACUGCCUACUGACAAAACUGCUGUAGGUCUGAAUUGUGUUUUUGUGCUGAGAUAUUUAGCCUACAAGAGUGGUUGGUCAAUUACUUGAGUCAAUGACAGUUCAUGUAAAUUGGCUGCCUGGUGAAAGAGAACCAGCCCAACGACUCUGGGGCUGACAAAACCUUUUAGCUCGUUCGUCUCUCCGUGUUUAGAUUUCAGAGAUCUAUUUUCUUUUCCAGGGAGUAAGCUAAACUGAGACAAUGCAAUUCAAUUCCAGGCCAUUAGGCUGUAUGUGCAGGUGAAUCACAGAGGCAAUUUGCUGUGAUGGCUGCUUGGCCUGAUAGGAACUGAUCUCCUCACAAGAUUAGGGAUCAGGGAGCACCCUUUACCUGCACUUUAACUUGUCAUCUCACCUCCCCUACCUCCUGUUAUGACUCUGAAGGCUUUUAUGUAUGCAUUGGGGGUAAGAGGGUGGCGGGUGGAGGGUUGGGGAAUCUGAUCUAAGUGGAAUAGUGGGGAGGAUGUGGUCUCCAUACCAGGGCAUACAAAUGAGGGACCUGAUAUGUGACCGACCGGUUCAAAUCGGUCUUAUGUAGCAACAUUUGGAAUUGUGUUUUUUACAUUGGAUAAAAGUAGAGACUCAGAGCUAGAAAAUUGUAUAUUAUACACUACAGUUGAGGAUCAAUGGGGAAGUAAUUCUGCUUUGAAAGUUGAUAAACUUGUAACGACACUUUUGAGAAAAUGGCCUUUGAAUGUUUUGGUACUACUACUGGAGAGCCCUUCUUUGUCUCCACCCAUUCAGCAUCGUUCACACCCUCUUAAGCUUUAGCUAACUAGCUAAACAAUUAGCCAUAAUCCCAACUCAUGACGUUACUACCCUGCAUGAAUCUGAAGGUAGCUAACCAACCAGGUUCAAUGUUAGCUAGCUAACAUUAGGAUAUAACUAGCAAAGAAAAUGGCUCUGAGAUACGAAUAAUGUUACUACACAGAUCAUACACAUAAUGUUAGCUAGCGAGCCAGCCAGCUAAUGUUAGCUAGCUAGGUAACAGUACACUUUAACUUGAAAUGAAAACUACUUUCUGACAAAAUUAGAAACGUGUAAUAUAUGAAAAUGUAGCUAGCUAGACUGUCUUACCCGUAUACAUGGACGGACACUUCUCAGUCUCUGUCAUGGAUGCCAUGGUUGCCCUUAGUUUGAAGAUGUAAUCUGGAGACGUGUUUUCUCCAUCUCCUUAGCUAUCAUACUCUAAUUCCAAAACUCGGUCCUCCAGAAAGUGGAGAGCAACACUUAUGCAGUUCUACAACGCAAUAUAUAUAUAUUUUUAAACAGCGUUAGACAGGAUUACCUACACAUACUGACCAGCUCAAAUAGACACAAGUGUGCAACAUGGCAGACCAAUCCAAACUCAUCUCUCGGCAUGUCCAACCCACUCAUUAUCUCAGUCAAUCAUGGCUAGCGGGAAGGUUGCUGUCUUUUUCUGUGGCUAAACCAAAUGUGCUCGUAAUUUAACAAUUGUAUUCGUAUUUACAGAUGGCAACCAAGUUUGUUAGUAAGGCACAUGAAAGUUCACAUGUUCCAAAAAAUGCAUUUUGAUAAAGAAAUACGUUUACGUUCAAAUGGCUCUCCUGUGAAGUAGUGACGCACGACAUACACCUAGUUUCCUGAAACGAGUCACAUAUGCUGAAAUGUUGAUAUUUGGGGUUCUUGGGUAUAGAAAUUGAGGGCACAGCAUGUCAAAAUUUAAAAAAUCUUGUUUGGUUCAUUUCUUGCUCAGAGAGUGAGAGAGAGAGGGAGAAUGAGGGGAUGAGGAGAGGAAAAGAGAGAGACGAGUGAGGAACAGAAUAAGAUCAGUGUAGUUGUCCACAUUUCCCUGUACGAUAAGGCUUUGUAUUAAGUGCUCUAAAGAAGUUGCUCCAUUUAUUAUUGAUACAGCACUGCAUCUGUCUGGGACAGAUAAGUACAAGUGCCUGGUGAGAAGGAAGAGAGGAGAGGUUAAGAGGAGGAAGAGAAAAAAGAGAGGUUUCACUUCCUCAAUCUCCCUCAAGAGUUACAAAACAACAUCACAUCAGAUAAAACAUGCCAAACUGACUUCGCUUUACACUGAGGGUCACUGUUUGUCCAUGACAUGGCCGCUAUUGCCCCCUUAGGCAAGGCACUUAACCCCUAAAUCUGCUCCAAGAUUACCGCUCUGGUUGUUUGUGACUCAGAGGGUUGAGUUCACCUUUUUACUGCAGUGGGCUAAAUCAGGGUCACACAGAGUGUUUCUUGGUAGUCUUAAACAAAUCUACUUUGAAAUAAAAGUAUACACCUCACACACAUGGUUAUGGGCUUGAAAUAAAGACGACACCUGUACAAUGUCAGAUAUAGAGUUGAAAUACAUAACAUUUUGAGUUUGCAUCCCAAUAUUACACUUUAUAUACAUCACAGAAGACUGAAAUUCUAACAAAACUGUUUAACAUAUAAACUCUGGAUUUUCGGCGUAAAAAAAUAAAAUAUUAUUUUAUAAAUUAUGAAAGAUAUUAAUAACAUUCCACCCAUGGGGCCACUAGGUCAUUUGACUGCAGGAAAGGGCAUAUUUCUGUUCUCUGCAAAACAUGGACAAUAAAGUGUUUCACCCUGUAUGUUCCCCAGCGUUGUGUGGAGGGGACGUGCGAGGGCCCGGCGGCACCAUCCUGUCCCCUGGAUACCCUGAGAUGUAUCCUAGCUCACUCAACUGUACCUGGACGGUGGAGGUCAGCCACGGCAAA